AAAACCCUAGUCUUCGUGUACCUCGGCCUCCAUAGAAAGCUCGGAGAGUGAACCAUGGCGACGGCGAAGACUGUGAAGGACGUGUCGCCUCACGAGUUCGUGAAGCAUUACGCCGCUCAUCUGAAGAGAUCCGGCAAGAUUGAGCUACCUGAAUGGACUGACAUUGUCAAGACUGCAACAUUCAAGGAGCUUGCCCCCUAUGAUCCUGACUGGUAUUACAUCAGAGCCGCUUCCAUGGCAAGAAAGAUCUACCUCAGGGGUGGUCUCGGUGUUGGUGCUUUCAAGAGGAUCUAUGGUGGAAGCAAGAGGAAUGGAAGUCGUCCGCCCCAUUUUUGUGAGAGCAGUGGUGCUAUUGCCCGACAUAUUCUGCAGCAGUUGGAAGAUGUCAAGAUCGUUGAAAUUGACCCAAAGGGUGGGAGGAGAAUCACAUCAAAUGGUCGACGGGAUCUUGACCAAGUUGCUGGGAGGAUUGUGGUUGCCCUUUGAACCUUAGAAUUACAUGUCUGAUAAUUUUAGGUUUCGAUAUGAUGUAGUGGAAGAGAUGUGGCUACGCUAAAUGUUUUGGGUGCAACGUGGUUGCUUUUUUUGUUAAUUUAAGUCGGCUUGAACUGUGUUAUCUUUCAGAACUAGCAUAUCCUUGUUAACUUGUGUUCUAUGGAUUCUAUUUUGGAAUGCUAAAAUCUCGCUCUCUAUUUUGGUUA